CCGACCACAGCUGUGGGCGUGCAAGAGCUGUUGCCUAGCAACUGCAGGAGCCGUAGUUGGGAGGCGGACGCGGGCUGGAAGGAGUUGGCACAGGCCCAGUCCGACAAGGGACCUCAUGACAGACUCCCGGGAGGUGCAGCCUGGGGAGAAGGCUAAAGCCAAGGUAGAAAGCAGGGAUGACCUGGAGUUUGGCCAGAACUCCCAAAGCAACAUCCCAAAGCCACGGGUGAUUCCAGUCCCAAAGGGGAUCGUGCAGUGUAUCUUUGGGACCAGCCAGGUGUUCCAGGGCAUCGAUGAUGUAAAACCAAAGGUCACAGGGUUUACAGUGCCUCUCAAAGUCAGGGAGUACUACCACCGAGGCCAGGGAUGCCUGGAGCAAGGGGACUGGGAAACGGCUGUGCUCUUCUUCUCCCGCGCCCUGCACUUGGAUCCGGAUCUGGUAGACUUCUACGCCUUACGGGCGGAGGCCUUCAUCCAGCUCUGCGACUUCUCUUCGGCUGCCCAGAAUCUGCGCAGGGCCUACUCAGCCCAGCCGGAGAACAGGAGGCACCUGGAGCGGCUCACCUUCGUGCUCUACCUGCAGGGCCAGUUCCUCUAUGAACACUGCAACUUCAAGGACGCCCUGACAGUCUUCUCGCAGGCCGCUGAGCUGCAGCCCAAGAAGCCCUGCUUCCAGUACCGGAGCAUGGCCUGCCUCCUGGCCCUCCAGCGCCACCACGACUGCCUGUCACUCAUCACCAACGAGCUGAGGCAAGGCACACCCAGUGCUGACCUCUACAUCCUGCGUGCCAAGAUCUACAACCUCUUUCAGAUGCCCAACUUCUGCUACCGGGACCUGUGCAGCGCCUUGCUCUUGGACCCCGAGCACCCACAGGCCAGGGUGCUGCUGCAGAUGAUGGUGGAUCAGGCCCAGCAGGCCCACCAGGAUGCCAGCGUCCUGGCCAUCCAGGGCCGGCUGCAGCACGCCCUGCAGCGCAUUAACUGUGCCAUCGACAACAGCCCUCUGGACCCCACUCUCUUCCUCUUCCGGGGCACCAUGUACCGAAGGCUGCAGGAGUUUGACGCAGCCGUGCAGGACUUCCUGAGGACCCUGGACAUGUCGACCGACAGCCAGUGUGACAUGGUGCGACAGGCGCAGCGCCAGCUGUUGCUGACCUACAACGACUUUGCCGUGCAGUGCUACAAACAGGGAGCCUACCAGCAGGGUGUGCUGCUGCUCAACAAGGCGCUGCGGGACGAACAAUGCGAGAAGGGGCUCUAUAUCAACCGUGGUGAUUGCUUCUUCCAGUUGGGUAACCUGGCCUUUGCGGAGGCAGACUACAGCCAGGCCCUGGCUCUGAGCCCUCAGGACCAGGGCGCCAACAUACGUAUGUGUAUCCUGCAGGAGACGCUGGGCUUCAGCAAACAGAAGUGCCGGCAGUUCCAGAAGGCAGAGGCCCACUUCUCAGCGGCCAUUCAGCACAACCCCCGGAGGGCCCAAUGCUACCUGUGCAGGGCGAAGAACCGCCAGAUCCUACAGGACAUGUUCGGAGCCCGUCAGGAUGUUGCCACUGUGCUGCUCCUGAACCCUAAGCAACCCAAGCUCUUCCCACUGAUGACCAGCCUCUUUCCGGGCAUGUCGGUGGAGGAGGUGCUCAGCAGCCAGGUGGGCCACCUGGCCAAGCUGCAGCUGGAGCGGAUGAUGGAGAGAGACGCGCAGGGCAAGGUCCUGCAGGGCACUGUGGGGGUUCGGCAGCUCGAGCGCCAGAAGGCCCAGGCCCUACAGCUCUCCUGGAAGCUCAAAUGGUCUUUGUCUGUGACCCCCAAAGAGCCAGAAUCUCCCUCCUGGAUGGUACAGGUAUCCCCCGAAGACUUAUGGGAAGAUACUGAGGCCCUCGAGGGCAAGAAAGCAAAGGAAGACAAAGAUGAGGACAAAGUGGAGCGCCCCCGCCGCCGCAAGGUGACCUCCCCAUCAGAUAGCUACCUCGAGCAGACGUCCUCGGGCUCCAUCCUUGGCUUCAGGACAGCAUCCCUCUCAAUGACGGAGACGUCCUCAUCGUACCAGGCAUAUAGGAGCACCUCUACCACCUCUGGGAUGCCCUCCGACUCCUCACUGCUUAUGACUCAGUCCUCCGACUCCGGGAACAAGAGGGAGGCCCUAAGCCCAAGCCAUCACCCCAGAAAAUCCCCUGCUUCCCAGGCUCAGAUGCAGGGUUCCCCCACGGCCACCCAGAGCCAGGGCUCCAGCAAGACCCAGGCACCCCAGGGUCAAAGGCAGAGGCCAAACAAGAUCAAGGCCACCCAUAGCCCAAGGCAGAGAUUCAGAAAGGGCAAGGCUUCCCACAACCAGAAGUGGGGACGAGCCCAGAGUCCCAGAAAGACCAAGUCUAAGGUUUCCCAAGACCCAAGUGGGAACCUCAACAAUACCAAGGCCAACCAGGGCCAGAGCUUGAUGCCCGAUGAGACCAAGGCUGCCCUCAGCUCAGGUCAGGGCACGAGCUCAAGUUCCAACAAGGCUAAUGCCCCACGGAGACUGGGUCAGAGUGCCAGCAGGACCAAGGCUGCUUGGGGCCCUGACUAUCACUCUGCGCUCCGAAGGCCCGAGUAAGUCCCCUGCUUC